UAAUAAUAAUAAUAAUAAGUUAUUGAGGGCAGGGCAAAGGGUUUUUGGGGGGUUUUGAGUAUUUGAUUCGAACAAGGAAUGCUCGCACUACUAAGCUCCUUCAGUUGCAGACCCAUUACUAACCUCCAAAGACCUCUUCGUCUUCUUCUUCUUCAACCCAUUUCCAUACAUACCCAUCUCAACCUAAACCCUAACCCUAACCCUAACCCACAUUCCUUCCUCCCUCUCAUGGCUUUCUCAACUGGGUCUCCCUCUCCCACUCAAUCUCCACAGCUCACUAAGCGGGUUGGUACUCACAACGGAAGCUUUCACUGCGAUGAAGCACUCGGAUGCUUCAUGAUUCGCCUCACUGAUAAGUUCUCCAAUGCUGAAAUCGUCCGUUCUCGUGAUCCUCAGGUUUUGGAGAGUUUGGAUGCUGUUCUUGAUGUUGGUGGUGUUUAUGACCCUAGUCAGGAUCGUUAUGAUCAUCACCAGAAAGGGUUUCAAGAGGUUUUUGGUCAUGGAUUUUCUACCAAGCUAAGUAGUGCUGGUCUUGUUUAUAAGCAUUUUGGAAAGGAGAUUAUAGCCAAGGAGCUUCAAGUUAAUGAAGAGCACCCAGAUGUGUUUAGGCUAUUUUUGGCAAUUUACAAAAGCUUCAUGGAGGCAAUUGAUGCUGUUGAUAAUGGCAUUAACCAGUAUGAUACAGAUCAGCCUGCUCGGUACGUCAAUAAUACACAUUUGUCUUCAAGAGUUGGAAGAUUAAAUUUGGAUUGGAUCGAUCUUGACCAAUCUCCUGCAAAGGAGAAUGAAGCCUUUCAGAAAGCUAUGGCUUUGGCGGGUGGUGAAUUUUUAGAUAGUCUUCGGUUUCAUGCCAAGUCAUGGUUGCCUGCAAGAUCUAUUGUAAUGGAGUGCCUUUCUGCAAGAUGGGAUAUUGAUCCUACUGGAGAAAUUAUGGUUUUGGACCGAUUUUGCCCUUGGAAGCUUCACUUAUUUGAGCUUGAGGUGGAGUUGAAGAUUAACCCUUCAAUCAAAUAUGUUCUUUAUCAGGACGAAAGGGCCAAACAAUGGCGAGUUCAAGCAGUGGCGGUAUCUCCCGAUAGAUUCGAGAGCCGCAAGGCUCUUGCAUUGCAAUGGCGAGGUCUUAGAGACGAAGAACUCUCGGAGGCAACAGGAAUCCCGGGCUGUGUUUUCGUCCACAUGAGUGGAUUCAUUGGUGGAAACAAAACAUAUGAUGGUGCUUUGGCCAUGGCAAGAGCUAGUUUGAAGCUUUGAAUAAGAUAGGAUUAUUAUGGACCCAAGUUAUGUUCCUCAUUAUCAAUUCAAUUACUUUAUAGCAAAAUAUAUGGUUACUAUAUUAUCCCAAAUCAGAUUUGAUUUUUCCUCUUGAAUUGUAUGAACAAAGAACUGAUCUUUUAGUUUUUGACUUAAUCCAAGAAUGGUUGCAGUUUUUCAUUCA